UUGUAAUGCGCCUGCCACGUUUUAGCGGGCUAUGAACGUGACAUUUCAAAACUUCGUCAACAAGACAAGGCUGACUCAAGGCAUGAUCAACUUAUGCGUCAUCGUCUACAUGGAUGACAUCCUGGUCUAUUCGGAAACCUAUCACGGGCACGCACAACACUGUGACAUUGAAUGGAUAUUAAGCGUGCUGAGGGAUGCUGGGUUCAAGAUCGUGCUUGAGAAGAGUGAGUUUUUCCUUUCGGAAAUCUCGUUCCUGGGAUACGUGGUGACACGUGGAGGACUACGGCCCGAUUCCAGAAAGGUCGCGGCGGUGAAGGAAGCGCCAGUUCCCACAUCGCUAACACAGGUUCGAGCUUUCCUGGGAUUGGCAUCCUAUUACUGUCGCUUCAUCAAGGGUUUUGCUGCGAUUGCACGGCCUCUGACAAACCUGUUACGAAAGGACCAGCCCCUCAGUUGGGACGCGGAGUGUGAUCAGGCCUUCGCCACUCUCAAAGACGCAUUAGCUACGGUGCCGAUUUUGAUCUGGCCGGACCCUACAAAGCAGUUCAUUCUCAUAACGGACUGGCAGCCGGAGGCUAUCUCCGCUAUUUUAGCACAGAAGGGGAAUGAUGGUCGAGAGCACGUCAUUGAAUACGUGUCGCGAACGGUACAAGACGAACGGAAAAACGACUCGGCCCCGCAAGGCGAGUGCUAUGCAAUGGUUUGGGGAAUCCAGCACUUCCACCCGUACCUCUAUGGGCAGAAGUUUCUCCUUGUAACAGAUCAUGAGCUGCCAUUAUUGGCUCUCAAGAGGCUAACUAAUUACACGGGCAUGAUUGGACGUUGGGUGGUGCGCUUACAAGAAUACGACUUCGACAUCGUGCAUCGCAAGACCGAGAGGCACGAGAACAUGGACGGGCUGACACGUCUGCAUCGGCCGGCGAAAGCGUGGACUCGAGACGUUGAGCAUCGUGGGAAAACGGAGAACGUCGAGUUGUUGGUCAUCCGGGAGUGGAGGACGGAGGUGGAAGGAGACCUCCUCGGACUUCUCUUCGGAUCGGUUCAACCAGGUUAUCGCCCACAGAUCGUGCAAGAGCUUACAGUCCCCCUCGUGCAGCUGGCUGACGAUCUUCCUCUUGCCAUCAUCUCCCAGUACGACGAGAGGCUAGUGCCCAACAUCCUUUCGCGAAGGCUUGCGCAAUACCUACAGUGGUCAACUUGCCUAGAAAAGCGGUGGGCGGAUGAUCGACCGCCAUCACGAUCAAAGUACUUGGACCCCCGGGGAAUUAUACAUCCCCACUUCUUCCAGCCACCGACGGUUUCAGAAGAAAACGAAGAAGCAGACGAGGAGGAGGAAGAUGAAGACGAAACGUCGGAGGAAGGCAUCUAUAGUGAGCACAGCGAGGGCGGGCCUAGUGAAGAAGAAGAAGAAGAAGAAGAAGAAGAAGAAGAAGAAGAAGAAGACGAGGACGAGGAACCCGAGUGGGAAAGCUUGGGCGAAGAGGCGGACCGCGAAGAAGAGGAGGAUCCUGAGGCAACGGAGCAGCGGAGAGAAGAGAUCGCGACCGGAAAGCGGCCACUAGAGCAUGAAAGUGGCUCCAAUCUGCCAGUCGGAGACGACCCGACUCGGGAUCCAAAGCCGCCCAAGCCCGAAGAUGGGGACCUUGCUGCCACGGCUACUGACGCGCCGACCAAGAGACGGCGAAGCCGAUCCCCCUCCCCCUCCACCUCCGCCCGUCCCUCAGUUCGUGCACGUACUGAUGUGGGGAAUCGGCCUUCGUCCCCGGUCAUUAUCCCGUCGUCCCCUUGAUUAUAUCACCCUCCGUCAGAUCACCGUCCAUGUCUCCUUCCCUAGCAACCCCUUCCCCACCGACACCUUUCGCCAUUUCUACUCC